UUGUUUAUUUAUCCUCAAGUUCCCGAUCCGCCCCGCUACAUCUCAGCAAUUCGAAUUAACCCUCACCAAAUAAAAGUCACCUGGGGAGAUCAACCUUUUCACUUAGGCAGUCUUUCGGGUGUUAACCAUCUCACUGAAAAUGACAAUUUACCCGGGCAGUUCCAACAUCCUAAGCACCAGCCAGGCCAACAAAUUCAACGACGUGUACCGAUAACUGGUUUUUGCAUCUAUUAUGCAACGAACGACAAUCCUGAUAACGAGCAUGUUUGGAAACGUUUGGUCGUGGGGGCUGUUAAUUCUGCCACUCUUUUCAAUUUGGACGCUAUGGCCAGCUAUGUUGUACGUAUCAAGGCUCGGGGUGCCGACCUACGUUAUGGGCCAUGGAGCGAGCCUGCUGUCACAGAUCAUCCUCCUUCAUGGGAUGACGCUCCAAUGAGGAGUGCCAGUUUACCUAUUCAACCCUUUCAACCUUUACCAUUUCCGCCAAUGCUAGGCAGAUUUUACAAAGAAACGGACCUCGAGUUUCCUCAGCUUGCUUGUCAGGGCUUACUUCCACGCCAAAUUGAGCCAAACGUAGCAGCAGAGACAGCCAAAGCUGAAGCGAGUCUUCUUAUUCAAUGGUAUCAACCCGAUUCCUAUCUGGACAUCAUAAAGUAUAAGGUUAGAUGUCUGUAUGACUAUUUUUUACCAAAUCUCAGUAGUAAAAAAUUUUAA